ACAAGCCCAAGUACCUACGAGAGGGAACAGACUUUGAAAAUAACUCUUUUGUAUCAGUGUCGGAUAUACGGAACGUUAUCAGAUCUGAACGCCUUAUCAUUACAACACAGGAUUGAUUGUGAAAUAAUUCAUCAAUAGGGCUAGUAACGCAAUUUCAAAUUUUGACUUCAUUUUCGUUAGAGCACAUCAAAUUGUUCUCUUGAUAUCAGGUCUUCUUACCAAAAACAAUGUUUUACAAACUUGUGCUUAUGUCGUUUUUGAUUAUUGGCAAUUUAACAAAUGUCAUAGGGUUUUACCCCAAUCAGUAUGCGUCCUUUUUGAAAGGACCUGACUACACACUUGCAGACAUUACAGAAAUCGGCGUUUUACAAGCUGUAGCAACGUACUUUGAGAGUAUACCUCCGCCUGGAAGUAGUACCACAGUCGCAGCUGGAUCUCUGACAGGUAUCACGGACAUCACUGCUAGAAAACUCUACGAUGCUUACUACGGAAAUUCGUCCUCGGAGACUCGGUUUCAGGAAGCAAUAAACGACCUCGUGAAACAGAAUACCAAAGUGGACCAGGAACACUACAGGGAAGCUGUGUGGUAUGUCAACGGCGAGCAAAUCCCACAGGCUCAUACACUACUGAACACACUACGGGAUAACUUGCUGCAAGUUCUCGGCGCAACCAACCCAAGUUACGAACGCGCCCGAGAACUGGUUGGCCAGUACCUCCACAUUAUCCAGAGUUUUUACAGCAACACAAACUGGGUAGAGUUACAAAACAACGCCGAUAUAUACGAGGAUUUUGGUCUGCCUGGUAAAACCUUGAUGACUCUCGCCUCGCCCUCAGCUGAUAUGUGUAAGAGUUGUGGAACAGCUGUAGGGUUCCCGUGUUUCAUCAACAUGAUGGGCUUUCCUCGCGAACUGACCAGUGGUUAUCGUGAUGGACAGGACAUACAGAAACCUAACAAGGAUCCCGCUACAAACACUCAAGGGAAAUGUAGUCACGGGGGUUUACAUGAUAAAUCCGGAGAAAAUAUUGCAGCCCUCGGCGGUAUUAACAAGGAUACCAAGGACACUAAUCUGUCUCCACAUUUCUUCAAACACGACGUUGCGGGACAAGCAGCCAUUGCCCACACGAAAUAUUUCCUCUCAGAUCCAGUUAAUGGUAUUUUGAAAGCAGUUGGGAAUAAUAAAUUCGAAGAGUUACUCCAACUACGUCCAGGGAAAUCGUUAGUGUUCGUAAUAGAUACCAGUGGAUCAAUGGGGAGUGUCGUGAGUGCUGUGAAGACCAAAACCCAGGAAAUCAUCAACCUUACCAAGGGAACAGGACUGCAGCCCUACGACUAUAUACUGGUGACAUUCAGUGAUCCCGAGAGUGCCACGACCGUGAAAGAAUCAACCCACCCGAACGAUAUAGUGAACUGGGUAAACGCUAUCCAGGUCUCGGGCGGUGGAGACUGUCCUGAAUAUAUAAUGUCAGGAAUCAAAGCGGCGGUAGUAAAGGCGAAACCCAACUCCAAUGUAUAUGUGUUCACGGACGCCACAGCCAAGGACCCGGAGAAACAACAAUAUAUCCUGAGUAUCGUGUCGGAGAAAAAUCUACAUAUCGACUUUAUCGUCACAGGGUCAUGUGACAGUAGCAACGCCCACUUUGUUCAGCGGCGGUCCGUGGACGCACAGAUGUUACAAAGUGAAGGAAGGUCUCAGCUAGCUUAUCAUCAUUACGAUGACAUGACCGGAAGGAUGAUUGCCACUUCCCGCCGAAAAGUCAAAAGUGGAAAGAGUUCCGGAUCGGAUAUGGUAAUCAUACUACAGAAAACUGUUGGUUAUGACGAUCCAUCUCUGGUACAGAUUCCCGUAGACACGUCUCUGAGCAAUAUUGUGGUGAAGAUCGAGGGAGAUGUCGGGACACCAUACCUGGCCAUUCAAAAACCAAACGGGUCCUAUGUAACUUUAGACGGGAUGGAAGCUUCCGGGAACCAGCUAGCAGGAAAUACGUUAGAAAUGACAAUAUCGAACCCCACGCCCGGAAUAUGGAAGAUAUACCGACUUGACAAAAGUGACUGGACAUUGAAAGUCUCAGGAGAGAGUUCCACCACGUUUUCCUUUAAAUUACACAAGUCUUCUUUGUUUGGAAUGGAGGAAUAUCUGAGUUCUUCACAAACAGAUUCUCUAUCCGACAUUGCUCUUGAUAUAAAAUCCCAUGACGAUGUAAUUGUCAGUCACGUGAUCCUUAAUGACGAAUACGGUGAUAUCAUCACAUCGACUUUGUUGUCAUCUGUGAACGGAAGUAUAGAUAAGAAAUCUUAUAUUGGACAGAUCGUCUUACCAGGAGAGGGGUACCGUGUCGCAGUGGAAGGACAUGAUAGCUGGGGUUUUAGUCUGAGACGUGAAAAACAACACUUGUACUCACAUGUUGGAAAACGAUCGGUGAAUCACAAAAGAAGUAGACGCUCCACGCCGACGUCUUGGUCAGGCAUGGACUAUUUUACAUGGAUUGCGCAAGCGUCCGGUGGUCACGUGUUUCAUACAACGACUUCUAACAUAGCUACAACUGCGGACGUGUUGAAGAACUCUUUGUCCAAUUCCGAAGUAACAAUAAUACGUGAUAUCAUCAAAGGUGGAAGUACCGGCUGUGCCUCUAUCAACAUCCCGAUAGACCGCACGUGUAAAUCCUUUAAAGUUAAAGUACAGGGAGACAAAGGCCUUCCUGUUCCUCACGUACAAAAACCGGACGGAAGUACUGCAGGGAUUAACGGUGGUACAGCCACAAAACAGGUGAUCGGAUCUAACUACGUCAUCCUUACAUACCUGUACCCUGAACCCGGUAGGUGGGUGGUGCGUAGACAGGAUGUGUACGGGUGGGACAUUGAAGUAACAGCAGAAAGUGAAGUCGACUUCGUACAAAGUUUUCUGGAGCUCGGUCCUGAUGGCCUCAAUAUGUUCGAAAUAAAGGGACGACCGAUAGCAGGUGAUAACAUGACAAUCAGUAUUGCUAUCCACAACUUCGUGAACAUCACGACAUUGGACACUCUGGUAUUCCUCGACAAAUAUGGAGACGAAAUCAGUAAUUACGCACUCCAGACGAAGAGUACCCAGAGGGGUCGCGGUGUGUUCUCUACAACAGUCAUAAUCCCCGAUCAGGCGUUCCAGGUAGCUGUGGACGGAGAGGAUGACCAGGCAAACUCAUUCAGGAGAGUACAUACAUCUCUCAUCAACACAGUCGCCAUAAAACUGGAGGACCUUCCAGUGCAAAAUCCAUUUUAUCUUGACGAGCAACUCGAGAUACCAUACAUCAUCACAAAUGUGGGAGGUGGGACAUCCAUGGUCAAUGUUACAAUCUCAGACGACCAAAACCUCGCUAUAAGGCCAACGUCACAGGUCAUUUCCCUGAUGUCCGGCGAGAACAGCACGUCCCACUUCACCAUGUACGCUGACAGCGGACGGGUGUCUGUCGGUACCACCACAACCAUUACUAUUACUGCUCAGCCAAUGGGAAUCCUAGGAGCUGGAUUCCAGUUUGUCAUUGUGCGACUGACAACAGAAAAACGGACAAAACCAAAAUUUGAUACGAUUCCUCCACAUUGCGAGGUCCAUCCCAACAUACAGGGCGUCUGUGGAUCUGAUGAGUGUUUGUGUGGCCAAACUUUCGUAAGUGCUGACUUUUCACUUUGGGACGAAGGUGAUGGCCUCGCACAGGUUGACCCGGUCGGAAUAGGUUCCGGGAACUUCAGUCAUACACCUUUUGUUAUAGGGGACACAAAGGACAACAACACCGUCAACGGCACACUUAGGGUGGAUUGCUGUCGGAAAACUGUAUACAUUAACGUUGUAGACAACGCCAGUUUGCCAACGCAGUGCAAAAUAGACGUGAAUCCGACCUAUCAGAACAAGGGGUGUAACAAAACGACAAUAGAUACGACACCACCUCACUGUGGGAACCUGACAAACAUCCAGGGUCUGUGUGGUAGUGAUGACUGCCAAUGUUCUAAAACAACGGUUACGGCCAACUUUGAGAUUUGGGAUAUCGGCGACGGUCUGUCCACCAUUGAUGCCUUGGGUAUUGGAAACGGCAGCUUUACGCACACACCGUUCGUCAAAGGCGAUGUUAAAGCCAACAACACUGUGGACGCCUCUCUAAGCGUUGAUUGUUGCCGGACCACAGUGUUUGUCAAUGUUAUGGACAUGGCGGGGCCUUCCAGGACAGUGUGUUGUAGAUAUCAACCCGAGGUACACGGGCUGCACCAACAAUAAACACAUUGACACGACUCCACCAAACUGCACAUUGUUAAACAUCCAAGGUACGUGUGGAACGGACGAUUGCACGUGUCAUCAGUCUACGGUGACGUCAGAUGUACAGUUGUAUGACGUUGGAGAUGGUUUAUCCACUAUACAUGCCGUGGGACUCGGUACCGGGUCCUUCACAAACACUGGGUUUACCAAAGGCGAUACAAAAACUACAAACAUUGUAAAUGGCUCUAUAAGUGUGGACUGCUGUCGAGAGGAGGUGUACGUCAAUGUUGUUGAUGAGGCUGGCCUACCAGGUCAGUGUAUACUAUCUGUGAACCAGAAUUACACUGGCUGUGUAAUCACGACUCCGACUCCUACCACCAGUACUACAGUCAACACUACCACUCAAUCCUCUUCAGCAAACCCUGUCUCAAACGCCAAGUCUAGCUCAGUGUCCAACGCUGGGUCAUACACCGUAUCCAACUCGGGAUCUAACACUCAGUCCACCGCCGCGUCAAGCGCUAAGUCGGCCACUACAUUAAAAUCUACUGUUACUAAAUCCACUAACAGUGCAGCACAAAACAGCGGAGACAGCGGUGGAGAUGAAGGGGUAUCUGCUAUAGCCGUGGCAGGAAUCGGAUUGGGUGCUGGAGUUGUUGGGGUAGCGUUUGUCGCUGCUGGGACAUAUCUGAUUAAAUUAAAGUUUUACAAACCUGUAGCUCCCCAAUAAAUCAGAUCUACAUACUGGUAACGAAGAGUAAUGUGAUAGACAAGCGAAUGCCGGUUCCCUUAAGUGUAAACGAAAUAAUGCUGUUUUUCGUGUAUAUGAAUAACGAAAUCUUACAUUUUAUGAUGUAUAAUUUAUGUAAUAACAAUAACAACUGAAUGCUUUGAAAAUACACGCUUUUACUAUCAGUUGCAUAAGUUUGUUAAUUGUUUAUAACACAUUCAUUACACUACAUGAUGUUAGAGUGCUAUUUAUUUUUUAUUAAUGAUACGAUACAUAUUUUCAUAUGAAAAUGUUUAGUGAUUCCUCAUCUUACAAAAUUAGUAAUUAAUGUUUUCUGUAGUUUAAGUGUUUCUAACGUGUUAUUUAUACAAAUACAUUUUGCCUUUCAUCAUGCAUCUGUGAUAUGAAAUAUACAUAAUAACUGAAUAAAGAUGUGUGCACUGUAUACUUUAUCUACAACAGUAUACUAUUAUAUAGGUAUACCAAUGCUUUUAAUGUUCUUAAUAUAAACAGGGUACAUUUUAUGAAACGCCACCUAAUUUUUACUAUAUUUUGUUCAAAUUUAUUGUUUUAACCAUUGUUUGUAAAUUUGAACACAUAUUAAUCAAAAUUCAGUGACAUUAAAAUUUAUAAGGGAAUUCAAAAUCUAUUUAAUAUUUUACGAGUUUGUAACUUGUAGAUACACAUUUUUUGCAUAGAAAUGAAAUAUCUUUUAAUAUUUUAUAUACAUUGUCUUUCAUGUUUGUUUCAUCGAUGCUUUCUUCAUGUUUGAGUUAUUGAAAUGAAUUUUGUUUCUAGUUGUUAUAGUUGAUAAUUUAUCAGCAGAGUUCCAUUGUUAUUGCUUAAGUAUUUUGUAUGCAAACAAUACACCAUCCAGACGGACGAAAACGUCCAACAAUUCUUGUUAGUUAAUUUCGUAUUACCAAUAACAUACCGUCUAAUUGUCGAUGUCAUCAGUGAAUACAUUGUUCCAAAAAUAUAGAUUUGCUUUCAGAUAAUGGUCAAAGAUUCAAAUCUUGAUUUGAAAUUAAGAUACUAUUAGCAUAACUCAGUUAUUUCUUUCGGGGACGUUGAAUUACCGGACAAAAUUAAACGUGAAGUGAAUUAUGUAGUUCUAGGCAUUGUACAUAUACUUUUGCAUGUUGUUAUUUAUCAUAAUCUGUUACAUUGCUUUAAUUUAUUGAAUGACUGUAGUGCUCUAGCUAAAUAUUCAUCUGCAGUUCAAGUCUAUAAUUACGACUUAAGUUUGGUUGUAUUAACGCUUCAAUUUGAUUUUCAAACUACAAGACGCUUGACGUAAACGUGAUGUCAUUGGAUCUUCCAAGGUAUCAAAUAUCUUUUUUGUAUUUGAUAACAAAUCAGUUUUUAAAAAUUAUGGUGAACUCUGUUAUUUUCCAAUAAAAUGAUGCCUAUUUCUGAGACAGGAUUUUCAAUUUUAUUGUCAUAUUUUUAGAUACAGUGUGAUACGGCCCCAGUCUAAAUUUUCCAGGCAACUUCUUCACAUUUCAAUGACUCAUUGAUUGUAGGGGAAAACCUAGCAUUGGUUAUUUGUAUCAAGGAACAUGACAGAAUAAAAUUAGUGAAUCUUUUGAAAUAUUAACCUGUAUAUUUUACCUGGGUUCAAUAAACAUACAACUCUGUGAUGUUCAUCAUAAUCAAUAAAAAACGUUAUUUUUACAAAUC